GUCGAUCUCAAAUUCCUACUCGAUUCUGCUGCUGUUUGCCUCCUCUGCUGUGGUGAGACAUUUCAUGAGAUCGUUGCUUUGGGCGAUCGGCUUUCAGCUGGUAUAGAAAGUCUACAUGCUAGUUGUGCCAGCAUACUGCAGCUGAUCCUUGCUCUACCCACGGAGUAA